UUGAAUUGCAUAUUUAAAAUUUUAAAACGGUGUAGACUUAUUGCAUAAUUUUGGAGGAAACCAAAAUAUUUAUAUCCGUUAUUAAUGGAUUUUAGCGUGCAUUUUACUGUUAGUUUUAAUAGCCUGCUUUGGGAAGGAAAGGCAUUAAACAGAGAUUGAGGAAUGGGGCAAAAGACUCGUCUGACAAGUAAUACAGGUGACAGGAUCAGCAAAAGUGAAAAGUUUUGUCAAAAAUAUUGGUUUUAAAAUAGCGAAGCAAUUGCUCCCAUUUUACUGCGAGAAAGUCGGGAUUGUGCAGAAGGAAUGUUCUGUAAACAGCUUGGAACAUGCAGCUCUGGAAAGGAUGAAGCUAUCACGAGUACCCCGUUACGUUGUUUUGCACAAACUGUCUCAGACUUCCUGUUGCGCUGACGAAAGGAGGAGGGGGGACGUGAUUGUAGGGAUUGUACCAGAUCUUGCAAACCCAACUCUACACUGUGGUUGAGAGAGGAAAUGUCAAUUUCACCUUCUCGUUUAUGUAAUGCAUCACAAUCCGCCACAGAUCACAGACAGUCUGGAAAACAGGACCGUUGCUGGCUCUUCACUCGAAAGGGAGCGUCUUGGACUGGAAUUCCUCCCAGAAUUGGACCACCCCCGCUGUUAGCAAUGUGGAGCGCCCUCCCCUUCCAGAGAAACAGCGCUCUCUGGAGGCUUGGGUAAGAGCUGUCAGAAAGCAAAGAGCGAUCCCAUUCGGGGCUCAAGCUUGUUCCACCCUGACAGUUGUUUCAUUACAUCGCCCAGCCCGUGUUCUUGACUUUUUUUUAACGAAGAUAAGAUUUUAUUUUUAUACCCAACAAUGCCUUUCUGCAAGAGGAUCGUGCGGCCGGUGCAAGUUUGCCGUUUCCAGGGCGAGGGGAGGACGCCGCCAGUUUUGGACAAUCUGGUCGAUGUCUCCAGUUUUACUUUGGGAAAUGUGCUGAGGCAGCUCUCGGCUCUGGCGAGGGAAGCGGUGAGUGUGCUGGAGGAGAUUGAGCUGGAGAUUGGAUCUGUCUGCCACCGGGCGCUGCUGCUGGAAGUCCGGAUCAUCGGUUUGCACAGAUACGUGUCAGCCCUGUCUCUGCGACCCGCUACACACUGUGGAUCGAACUUGGAUCAGGAGAGCAAGAGGACGGCCCACUUCAAGUCGUCAUGGCAACAGAAUAUAAAUGUGUUCGACUCCUCAUCCAGACCACCCUGCGUGGAGGAAUUGCACCAAGAGGCCCAGCUGAACCUGCAGUCUUUGCUCCAAGAAGAGUUUGGUGAGCCUGUGAUCCAGAAGAAGGCGACUGCAAAUACCUUCGGACACAAACCAGCUCUCAACAGAGAGGCCGUUCCAGAUAGUUGCCCCAAGAAAGGGGAAAAGCGUAUGGAAUUUGUGUUGAUGCCAAGCACAAGGUCCAGCAGUGAAGAUGAGACGACCACCUUUGGUGUAAAACCACACGAACAAUUUCUGAGCUCCCCAAGUACACCCGAUAAACCACCCAAGUGGACUCAAGGCAUCCCACAGUCAACACCAGAGAAAAAGAGGUGGCACCAGGCACGAACGGUACAGGCGGACCUGGUGCCUAUCAAUGUGACUGGAGAAGCCGUUGAACGGCAGGCGAUCGUGCGGCACUCUUUAUUCAACACAGAGACCGCGGUGAACCCAAAGAGUACACUGAGGAGGAGGCGGACAAUCACUGGCUUGUGCGAGCCAGUUCAGCCUCAGCCAGGUUCUUUGAAGGAAGGAUCGAGACCUCCUCAUGCGUUAACAAAGACAGAGGCAAACCAACGUCUCUUUACCUUUGAUGAAGAUAUGAAUGUUAUGAGCGGCAACCAAGUCGGCAAUCUUGGGAUGGUGCAGUCAUUCCCCCCAACUCUCAGGAAGGUACAAAGUGAUCUCGGUCAAAUAAACAAUUCAAAUCUAUCUCAGUCUUCAGGGAACAUCACAUUCACAAUGAACAAUCCCCAGAUGAUGCCUACGUCGAUAAGCGAACAUAGCUUCUCUUCUCUUAACACUUCUUGGGAUCAGAUGAGAGGAUCUAGUUUUUCUUCGUCCUUGAACAAUUCGAGUGCUGUAACUGCACCAAGCUCGGUGUCAGUGGAGGCCUUGCAUGAUGGCACACAUGCUCCUGUGACAUUCAGUCAAACUUACAGCAGUGGUCAGUCUCAUGGGCAGCGUACCCCUUGCUCCUCAGCACAGGGGUCAAGUGCUACCAUGUCCGACCGGGAAAACGAUACGGAGAGCCCACAUUCUUCCAGCAGAGCCUGGAAUGGCAGCAACUCUGUGUGUUCUCCUCACCUUUCAGAUAUGCCUCCAACUCUGUCACUUCAAUGCUUGAAACAUUGUUCGCAGCAGGACUCGGGAGUGUUACUGAAUGAUGGCUCGCAUACAGAGCGCAGUGUUCCACUCUCCACCUUUUUACCAAGGGAAGGCCAAAGACAAAAUACCAGAAGCCCUAUGGUCAGCUCCUUCACAUCAACUCCAGGGGAAGCAGCAGAGAAAUCUCAGAAUCACAAGGAUACAAGGACUAACCACGAACGAAUUAUAAUUUACCCAAUCAACAAUGCAAGUGAAGAUGCAAACUCAAACCUGGAGUUCCCGGGUUAUGCAAAUGCGGAAGCUUGCACAUUCCGUGAGAGAUCUCUGUCAACGCCGACAGAUUCUGGCUCGUGUUGUUCAUCGGAUGCUAUAAGAAGCUAUGACUCCAAGCACUAUGACCACACACGGCGACACAGUGCCAAUUACAUCAUGCGUUACCCGAGUGCCAGCUCAGAAGAGAGCCAAAGUAACGAGAAUGUCUCUGUGAUGACUGACCAGGAAGGAUCCCAGAAAUCGAGGCCUCGGUCAAGAAGCAUCUCUCUGAAAAAGCCAAAGAAGAAGCCGGUUCCACCCGUGCGGAAUGUCUCUCUGAAGACGUGCGAGAUUAGUUUGGACCCUGAGGAAACAUCCGCAAACAGCUCUCCUCAAGAAAACAGGCCAACAAAGCUCUUUAUCCCUUCAGAGAAGCAGGUCAUUCAAAGUGAAUCAGUAGGUAGCAAUGAAUCUAGUGGCUUUGUAUCAGAUGCCCACUCCAGCUCAACUACACCCACACUGAGAGAUGGAGAACCAAUACGGUACACAGAACAUUGGUUCCUUAAUGACUGGAAGUCUAAUGAUCCAUAUAGAUCAUUAUCAAACUCCAGUACUACAACAGGGAUAACUGUGAUUGAAUGCGUCAAGUCCCGUGGCAGUUCUGAAUCAUUGACGUCACCAUCUAUUUCAAGGGCCACAACACCAUCCCAGUUAUCCGUCGAGGCAGAAUCAAAAAUGUCUUCUCCAGGGAAGCUCCCUGGUCUGAUGUCACCAUCCAGUGGUUAUUCAAGUCAGUCGGAAACUCCCACAACGUAUUUUCCGAUGUCUGUUUAUCAAGGCCAUGUGCCACAGCCAGGUGGCAAAGCAAAACCCAAGGUCCCAGAACGGAAGUCCUCGUUACAGCCAACCUCCCCGAAUGAGAAGAGCCCCAAGUCAAAGCGCAUCUUUGAGUUGCCCAUCUCUCCGCCUCCUCAUUUGGAUCUGUCGGGGCUGCUGUCUUUCAAAAGCAAAUCCAAAGCCAGCAGACGACACUCUGACUCUUCGAACAUUAACAAACCCAGCCAGAAACAUAGCCCUAACCAGCCUUCUAUGCCAGUCAUAACACAGACAGUCUUGGAGUCAGUACGUCUUCGCUCGGUCAGUAGAUCGGAGAAUGAGGAUCACACGGAAUUUCUAGAACCACCACAGAUAACCCACAGUGAAUCCUCCGAAACUCCCCUGAGAAAGGUCCGGCCUCCAGUUCCAGGGAAGCCACCAAUGUCAAAAAGGCCUUCAAGUAUUGCUCUAAAGCUUUCUCCCAUCGAGCAUCCAUCACCCACAUCUACUGUACCUUCACCAGUAUCUUCAAAUAGAGGAUUUAGCACAGUAUUUAGAAAGGUUGGUGUCAAAAAACAAGACUCUUUAGAUAAGCCAGAUAGCCAGAAGCUUCAGGCAUCUCCAAAUCCUGCACAUGUUCAACCUAAUCACCUUCAGAGUAAUUAUGUGGACAACAAACAAUCCAGAAGCGUACCAUUGACCACCCGAGACGAGACCCAAAGGCUCUGUUCCACUGAAUUAACCAGGAGUUCCACCCAAUACGUUGAGAAAAAGAAAAGUAAGACUCCACCUCCCGUCCCUAAGAAACCGAACGUACUGAUUGUACCAACAAACACGGCACACAUACUUGUAGUGACAGAGAGACCUGCGCAGGGUCCAUUGCACAAAAAAAUAGCUUCUGCAUGCCAUGACAAUGCAAAUGCUCCAUUUACCAAUGAUGCGUCCAACGUAGAAAGAGGGUCAAAAGCACACGAUCUGAACAUGGGCCCAAAUAUAAGGACAGUUCCAAGUGCGGGCAUUCAUCUGGAAAGGAACAGAAAUGUGGAAUACAAUGAUGGAACUGGAAGAUAUCAAACUGUAUCACUGAGGACUGAUCUAGAUCAGAAUCCUGAAGAUAUUUCCUUGAAUCUGAAUGCUAAGCAGAGAAGUCCCACAGAUGUACAGAGUGGAGAAGUUGUGAUGGAGGAUGAUGAUGACGUUUUUGUCUCCUCAGGCACCCAACGCUCCACUGAAGAUCUCUUCACGGUGAUUCACAGGUCAAAGAGGAAGGUGCUGGGCUGGAAAGAGCCAGGAGAAUCGUUCACGGUCAGGCAGGUGGCCAUUUCACCCCCCAAACCUAUCGUGCCAAUCCCAAGCGCUGGCAUCAGGCUCAACCCCUCGGCUAAUGGAAAUGGGUCCAAAACCAGCACAAGCAAUGAGAACUUUAAGGCUUUAUUGCAGAAAAAAGGCAGCAAGCCAGCAGGAGGAGCACGCAUGUCAGCAGCGGAGCUCCUAAAAAGUACCAACCCACUUGCAAGAAGGAUUGCGACGGAGUUUACACAGGACUCGGAGAGGUGUCAACCAAUCUCGGAGCCAGGCUCUCCUGAGAACGCUUCAAAGUGCUAGAGUCAAACCCGUUCCUGGGGAGUGAGGAGCAAAGGUUCAUGUUUCUCUGCCCCGGUGAACAGGAUUAUUUUCAUUGUUGCUGUAUCCACAGAGCUGUAAUUUGGUCAGAGGAUGGAGAUGGUUUCGUGGAAAUUCAAUGAAGUGAAGCUACAAAUGAGGUGCGUCAUCCAUUUGGGAGACAAGAGAAAUUUGGAAUAAUUAGGUGACAGAUUUUAAGUGCAAACUGUUUCUGGAUCAAGAUGUAAGAUGUGGAGUUAAAGAAGGAACUGCAGAUGCUGGAAAAUCGAAGGUACACAAAAAUGCUGUAGAAACUCAGCGUCUAUGGAGCGAAGGAGAUAGGCAACGUUCCGGGCCGAAACCCUUCUGAAGAUCUUCUUGAUAUGAAGAUAAUUUUAAUUGGACUGGACAAGCCUGGAGAACUUUGAAAAUGUACAGCUGUGAGAUGAGUUACAUUCCACUAGGUGUGGUUACAUUCCACUUAUUGAAACUGGACAUUUAAAAAUAUCUUUUGUGCAUGACUCCAAUCUGUUUAUAAAUAUUCCACGCAUUUCCAUUUUUUACUGCUAAACAACAGUUGAAUUAGAUAGCAGUAAACGGAACUGGUGUGUGUGUGAGUGUAUGUGCGUGUGUGUCUGUGUGAGUGUAUGUGCGCGCGUGGCUGUGUGCACGCACACGUAUGAGUGUGUACACACAUGUGCGUGCAUGUAUGUGUGCAUGCAUGCAUGUACGUCAGGGAAGGGUACAGGGUGGGUGUAAAUGUAGAGGGGGGGGGUGGUGGGGGGAAGAAAUUGACUGGUUUUUACUCCUGAUACGACGAUGGAGAAGUAUUUUUCCCCCCAGAAACCUAUGGUGGUGCACAAACCUUGUGAAGGCAUUUGCAUUACAAGACACCUGGGGAGGAAACAACACAAUCUAAGUGACCCUUCAGCUCCACACUGCCACUGGAUCCACAUUCACUCUGUGAGUCUCGACCCACUAUGAAGCUUCAGGAGAAAGACUUUUCCUUAGGAUUGUAAAAUAGCCUGCUUUUACCCUGUGACUGAGAGACCAUGUCCUGCAACUCAUGAAAUCUUUUUUUGCCUUUCUCCCAUUCUCCAUGUCUUCUCUGUAAAGACAGCUAAGUAAUCAGGAGAACAGGCAAAAGCACAGGUUCCAGGGAGGCAUAAUACUGAGGUCUUGCAAAUGGCUUGCAGUUUGCUAUUUUUUUUACUAUUUGCUUAAGAACAGUUGUUUGCCUGAUCUGUAAUGUUUUUGUAAAAUUCCUAUUUUGCUGGUAUUUUUUUAUAAAUAUACUGUAAUGUGUUAUAUGGCA